AUGAGCCUUCUACUUAGCCUACCCGCCGAGUUGCUGGACAACAUCGUUGAGCUAGUCGUCGAAGAUGCCCGGCUACCGCCCCUUACCAUAAAGGCUGCUCACCAAACUCGGAUGAGAGACGAAGACAUGCCUUCCGGAAGGAUCCAUGGGUUCCAAAGCAGGAGCUUCGGACCACGCCAUGUUCGUUACGAGAGAACGGAGACAAGAGCGAAUGCAUCGGGACUGCUACUUGCUUGCCGCCAGACUCACAAGCAGACCAAAGACGCCCUUGCUCAUGUCAUGGUGAUCAAUGAGACUGAACUAUGGCCAACCUGGCUGCAUGUUCCAUCAGUUGCGAAGCGCAUUUCAGAAGUCAAAGUCAACUUCCGUGUGUAUGACGCCGAAGAGGACGAUGAAGCUCACUGUGUCGUGCGCGAGGGUGGCGGCCAUGAAAGCUUGGAAUGGUGUUUCUGGUUCCUCCUCGAGUGUUUUCUUCGAUGCGGGCCUGCGAAUCCGCCGGUUGCGUCCCAUGAUGAGCCAUACCGUAGCGAUUCUAUCUCCUGCAUCGAGGACGUUUCAAUCGAGUUCUCUACCGGCACUCCUCCGUCAAAGCAGUCUGCUUCUGAAGAGGAUGAAAUUCAACAAAAGCUCGUCGGCGCGUAUCGCAAACGUCGAAAUAAGAUUGCCGACCACAUUAUCCAUAAAACAUACGAGCUGAUGUCAAUGGGUUAUCACGAAUCCGAAUAUGGCAAACUGUUAUAUGAGCGCAUCGGCGACAUGAGAGCAGGCGGCGAAGGUAGGGACACAUGGGGCUUCCAACUUGGCGAAUGGCUCGGGGAGAUGCACCCACGGCCUGAUCGCGGACAAAUAGAUGACACCACAACGACGUUCGGCCAUCUGCCCGCGGACUGCAGAUUGAGAAGUGCUUGGAACUGGAAGCAUAGCACGGUGCAACGGCGCAUCAGUCUGGGUUUGCACAUUCCUGAUCCGUUCGCUUGGCCAGGCAGUCAGCAAUGGCGCCAUUGGAAGAACUUGAAAGAUGGCCGAUCCGAAGGCAAUGCCUGCGGACGCUCGUGUUAUUGCGAUUACGGAGGUCUCGACGAAAAGUUGAUUGAGGGCACUACAAGGGGUAGAGAAACCACAAUCCAUGGUGGCCCACCAAACGCUGAAGAGGCUUCGGGCGAAAUAUGGUGGGAAGAAGCUUAG